AUGACAGUUGAUUCAUCUAAAACGAUUCCUGCAUUUUAUGCAGGACAAAGUAUAUUUUUAACGGGUGCAAGAGGAUUUCUGGGAAAAAUGUUAAUUGAAAAAAUAUUACGAUCUUGUCCAGAUGUUCGUGAAAUAUUUCUGCUGAUACGUUCCAAAAAAGAAUUAACUGUUAAGGAAAGACUCGAGAAAUCAUUAAAGUUACCAUUAUAUGACAAAUUGCGCGAAGAGCAUUUUUCGAGUUUUGAGAAACUAGUUCCAAUUUCUGGCGAUGUUAGUAAGAAAGAAUUAAGUUUAUCGGUUGCGGACAGACAAAUGCUGGUUGAAAGAGUAACUAUAAUAAUUCAUGCAGCGGCGAAUGUGAGAUUUAAUAAUAGUUUAGCAUAUGCCAUAUGUACUAAUGUCAGAGCAACAAGAGACAUCUGUAUUUUAGCUCAAAGUAUGAAGAAUUUAAAAGCAUUAGUAUACAUUAGUACAGCAUUUGCACAUUUAAAUAAAACAUUCAUAGAAGAAAAAGUGUAUCCACCAAUAGCUGAUUGGCGGAAGAUGAUUGAAAUAGCCGAGACAUUGGAUGAGCAUACUUUGGACGUUUUUAUGCUUAAAUGUUUACAAUAUGUUCCCAAUACAUAUAUUUUUUCGAAGAACUUAGCGGAGAGUAUAAUACAAGAAUAUUCUUCCUCCUUGCCUUGUGCGAUUGUGAGGCCAUCUAUUGUAGGGCCAUCGCUGAGCGAGCCUAUUCCAGGAUGGAUAGAUAACGUUUAUGGUCCAAUAGGCCUUUUCCUUGGUGGUGGAAAAGGAAUAUUACGAGUGGCCUACCUAAAUAAAACUUCUAGAGAAGAUAUAAUACCAGUAGACAUUGCCAUCAAAGCUACACUAGUCCUUAUUUGGAAACUGGGAUUAAACACGUAUGAUGAUCAAUUUACAUAUGCGAGUAAAUUACCACAUAGUUUAUCUGAAGAUGGAACAAUCAGCCCUUAG